UUCCAAUCGUUCGUUGCGGAAUCUAGGGUUCCGGCGGAGGCGGAGGCGGAGGCGAUAACCGCCGCGAAGAAGAGGCGAAUUGAUUGAAGGAAGAUUUUCAGCUGCGUUAAUUUCAGUAAAAUGCCCAUAUUAGAUGAGACACAGGAAUAAUUGAGCAUUGACAGCCAAAAUUCAAAUAUGCACAAAGGCCCAAAACGGUAAAUUCGCCACCGGCACAUUUUAACCACGUAGCAGUAACAUGAUAACCGGUCGACACGUGCUGUGCACGUGGCAGGCUUUAGGUUCGUCUGCCGUCCCUUUUUAGGGUUCACAGGUCACUCAGAAAACAAAAAGAGAGGGAAGAAUAUUCAGUAAAUUUUUAUUUUAAAAUAAUCAAAUUAGUGCACAAAUGGCGCCGAAGCGGCGGUCGGCGGCGAAGGCGGUGGUCACCGCCAAGAAGGUGGUGGAGGAGACCGUACAACUGGUGGUCAGCCCCGACGGAGACGAGUCGGAGAGGGUGAAAUUGAUUUCUUCCUCCACCAAACAGGACCACAGCGUGCGGAUUUCUCCUCCCCCGACGGACGGAGAACCGCCGGUCGGAAAGUCGGUUUCGGUCCAAAUCGACAGCAGUGACACUCAGCCGGCGGCGACGACUCCGGUGAGGAAGGCGCGGCCUUCGAAACCGGCGGCGGGGGAGAAGCGGCGUGAAAUAGAGUCAAGGAAGCAGAGCAAGGGGAAAAUUGCGAGCGGCGAGGUAGGAAGGCAUCGGCGGCGGCGGCGGCGGAGGAUGGUCGGGGCGGCGUUCGUGGGCGGCGGAGAGUACAAGACGUACGUGCAUAGAGUGCUGAAGCAGGUGCACCCGGAUAUGGCGAUAUCGAGGAAGGCGAUGACGAUAGUGAACAAUCUGAUGGGAGAUAUGUUUGAGAGGUUGGCGGAGGAGGCGGCGAGGCUGCAGAAGCAGACAGGGCGGCGGACGAUGUCGUCGCGGGAGGUGCAGGGGGCGGUGAAGCUGGUGCUGCCGGGGGAGUUGGGGAAGCACGCCAUUGCCGAGGGCACCAAAGCUGUUACCAACUACCUGUCCAGCGGGUAGGGAAGGGGUAGAAGAAGAUCAAGACGACGUGGUUUCGGUAGAGUAGGGUAGAGAUCAAAACGACGUAGUUUCGGUUUAGGGUAGGAUAGAGAUCAAAACGACGUAGUUUGGGUGGGUUUAGCGAAUGUAGACGACGGUUAGAAGAUAUUCCCGUUGCUGUAUAUGUGCUCUUUUAAAUAUAGUUUCUUUGGUAUUAGUAUUUGAAUUUUGGGAUUGUGAUUCUCAUACUC